CAGAUCUUGUUUGCCCCGAGCCCCGGUCUCAGAUGAACACACACACCCGCACAUGAUUCUGAAACCCUUAGCUUUGUGUGAGAGUUUGACAGAUGGCUGCAAAAGCUGGUAAAGAAACUAAAACAAACCGUGAGGUCGUGCUGGGCUUCUUAGAGGAGGCAGAAUCAUGGCAGCUCCUCAGCAACCAGUUUCCAAGUAAAGUCGGAGGGAGACCUGCGUGGUUAAGCCAGGUGGAUUUGCCAACUGUGUCCGAGUUACAGUGCGAGAAGUGCAAACUCCCAACAGUGUUUCUUCUGCAGGUGUAUGCGCCUGUUACGGAACAUGAUCGAUGCUUUCACAGAACACUAUUUGUGUUCUGCUGCAAGACACCAGCCUGCUAUUCAAGAAAUGACAACAAGUGUUUUAAAGUGUUCAGAUGUCAACUGCCAAGGAAAAAUGACUUUUACCCUUUUGAUCCACCUUCUGAUGAGAAACCAGACCAGCUUAUGGAUGAUCAUCAGGUUCUGAGCUCUGGGCUCAAACUGUGCAGACUGUGUGGCUGUCUGGGACAGAAAGCCUGCUCUAGAUGUCACUCUGUCACAUACUGCAGUAAAGAGCAUCAGACUAUAGACUGGAAACACCGGCACAAGAAAGAAUGUUCAAAUGAAGUUUCUCAAAGUUCAGAGGAGCUCAAUUCAUUUCUCUUUCCUGAGUGGGAGCUGGUUACCGAACCAGAAGAGCUUCCAGGAAAAGAUGAGAAACUCCAUGAAUCCCAUAGUUUGGAUCAAGAGAGCAUGACGUGCGUAAAUAACGGUUUGGAGAACAGUGAGCUAGAGAGUAUGGCGCUUCAUGAAACACAAGACACUAAAGUGUUUCAGAAGUUCAAGAAGCGAAUUGCUAAUGAACCACAACAGGUUUUGCGGUAUUGUAAAGAAGGAUCUCCUCUUUGGGUGUCAGCUGAACAUGUGCCACGUGAUGAAGAAGUUCCAGAAUGUCCAUGUGGUGCUAAACGUCUCUUUGAAUUUCAGAUUAUGCCUCAGUUACUUAAUCACCUCAAAGUGGAUAGGACAGAUGCCAGCAUAGACUGGGGUACAGUGGCCAUCUACACAUGUGCUGACAGCUGUGACCAAGGCACCAAAUAUUCUGCCGAAUUCAUCUGGAAACAAGACUUUUCAGGAGAACAAGCAGUGUAGAAUUACUCCAUGCAGAUGAACUACUAUUUGGACUUGUGUAUCAUAAAGCACAUUUGUAAUAAAGAAAGGACUGGUUCUUUUGAGGCAACCACAUACACCAUUUGUGUGCCUAACUGAAAUUAAAAGAUGUCAUAUAUACAGUAUAUAUAAAAAGAGACUUGCUUCAAAAUGUAAAAAUAAACCUUACCAACCCCAGACUUUUGAACAGUAGUAUUGUCAAGUCUGACUCAGAGUCUGUAUUAGCAUUAAUUAAAACCUGUUAUUUCUAAAGCAAAAUCUUAACAAGGCAGGAAAAUGGUGUUAUUUGUAAUACAAUUGUGUCAUUUUUAUUUAUAGUUCUGGAAUGAAAUCCAAAUUAAUCUCACACUACCCAAUUCCUUUGAUUGUAAAAACUCAUCAAAACAGAACCAAAAUAAUGUCUUAUUGCCAUUCCAGGAGGUUUAAUAUAUUUGGAGGUAAAAAAAAAUGUACAACUGAAGAGAUAAGCUGAAGUUGGCAAACAUUUAUUUGCAUUCAAAAGUAGCAAAGUAAGUUAGUUACAUAGACAAACAAAUUAAAUUAAAAUGUCAGUGCUUUACAGGGGGCUUUUGGGAGACCUACAGCACAUCAUACAAUGAAAUGGGAAUUCAGUUGUUCAAUAUGCCAACGAUUAACUCAUUCAAAACUGUAACUUAAUGGUCAAAUCCACAUAAUGAUUUCAACAACCGAAGGAUCCGCAUACAUGUUUGCAAAGCUUUGUUAGAAAAUAACCUAAAUGCGCUCCUUCAAACAAAAUUUUCUUGCACUGGUCAACAUGGGCAUUACUUGCCACAAACUGAUUCCUCACUGAUGGACAGCCAACACAGACAGUCAAUCAGUAAUGCAAUACACAUAAAACCUGCUAACAAAGGGAAUGUGUAAAAGUAUGUAUGAAACGCUGAACAUUAUAACAUCAUAAAACAAUAAAAGAUUGUUAAAAUGA